AUGCCUAGAGUACGGAGACCUGUACGAUUUCGUCAAUUUAGUGAGUUUGAUAGGGGUCGUAUAAUGGGACUUCGGGAAGCUGGACUUUCUUUUCGGGAAGUUGCAGUUAUAGUGCAAAGAAGUGUAGACACUGUGGAACCUGUUCCUGUUGAACCGUGGAAGGAAGUGAUAGAUGCGACAAAAUCAUCUGCCUGUCCACAAAGAAAUCUUAAAGGGCUGGGACCUGUCAUUGGUAAAUUGUGGUAA